AAAACUUUUGCCACGUGUCAAGUCACGACUACAUUACCGACCGAUAAAUUGUGUCGACCACUACGGUCACGCUAAGGUGGUAUGGGAGACGUUCAGACAGUAUAAAAGAGCAGGGAGCGAUGCAACAGUCCGGCUUCUGAGGGCAUCGUCGUUAGAUCAGUUGGGAUUAUUGGUAUUGUUUUUCGCCUGAUAGACAAUACGAAUUAUCCUGCAAUGGCCCUCAGCCAAACUAGUGUGUUGAGACUAUACAACACUGUGAUAGAAGAUGUAAUAGCAGGAGUUCGAGAAUCGUUUAUAGAUGAAGGUGUAGAUGAACAAGUAUUAUUAGAAUUGAAACAAAUUUGGGAAACGAAAUUAAUGUCAAGUAAAGCAGUGGAAUUAAAUCCAGAACCACAAGAACCACAAGUUCCUCAGCUAAACACACAUAAAUCUGUGCCUGGUAAUAAAGUGUCCCAACAAACGCAGCAGCAACAACAACCAACACCGCAGCAAUCACAACCGCAACAACAGCAACAACAACAUCAACAACCACAACAAUCACAGCAACAUCAACAACAACCAUCACAACAACAAACAUCACAUUCUUCAAGUACACCAUUACAACACCAAAAUGCACCGGUGCAACAAGUGGUAACGACUACUCCACCUGCGGUACUUGAUAGACAAGUGCCAAUUCAAAUUACUUUACCACCACAACCUGGUACACGUGAUUCUCAACAACGUAUAUUAACUAUACAAGUUCCUGCAUCUGCAAUUCAAGGCAACCAACUUCACACCAUUUUAACUGGUCCUAUAAUUAGUGCUGCAAUGGGUUUGCCAGCAGAUGUAGCUGGAACAUUAUUACAACAGCAUGUAAAUUCUACUUUUCUGGGUCAUCCUACAUUAUCACCAAUUCAGGUUAAUCAACCCUUACAGGUUGUAACGCAAAAUACAAAUAAUGUUGUUUCACAGCGAUCUGUUCAAGGUCAACAAAAUAACAUAGCCCAAUUAGAUGGAACUUUAGGAGCAUUGGGUGAUUCGUCAGAUGAAGAUGAAGAAGAAGAAGAAGAAGAUAAUGAUGACGACGAUGAGGAUCUUGAUGAUAAGGAAGAAGAAGAAAAUGAUGAAGCUACUGCCCGAGAAGAGGAACCAUUAAAUUCUGAAGACGAUGUAACAGAUGAUGACCCAUCUGAUCUAUUUGAUACAGACAAUGUAGUUGUUUGUCAAUAUGAUAAAAUUACAAGGAGUAGAAACAAAUGGAAAUUUUAUCUUAAGGAUGGCAUAAUGAACUUAAGUGGGAAAGAUUAUGUGUUCCAAAAAGCAAAUGGAGAUGCUGAAUGGUAGAUUUGAAGAUGAAGUGAAUAUUGUGUUGUCCGGUUUUAUUUUUAACAGACUUUAUACAAGGGCAGUUUAAUAAUGUGUUCAUGUGAUGUUGCGCUUGAUGGACAACAUUAAGCUGUAAACAUUCUAUAAUGAGGCAGUAAACCACGUAAUAAUACUAUUAUAUCGAAAAUUAAAGUGGUUAAACUCUCUGAGAAAGUAAAAAAUCUAGAUUCUAUAUCUUCUAUAUUUUAAUAUUUUAGUAAUUAUCAAAGUUAAUAUAAUGUGAAUUUAUUAAUAUUGUUUAUUUAAAAAAAGGUUUAAAAACAGUUAAAAGGUUAAAUAAUUUUUUAUUGUUUAUUAAAAAUUUAUUGUAAUAUUUUAUUAUUUUAUUAGUGGUACUAUUCCUCAUAAAGAAAGUUACAGCAGCUGUUCUUAUAUCGUUUUACAACACAAACAUUAUUGUUAAAUCAAUAAUGUAUUUAGUGAAAUAUUUUAGUUAACAUUACUAGUUGUGUCAAUGAUUAUCGCAUCAAGAAUUUUAAUUAUUAUUCUUGCUGCUUUAUAUCCUUAGGAUUUAUAAUUAUUGAACUUUUACAUAAUUACAAUAACUGUAAAUAAAGUAAAGGGAUGCUAAUUAUGAAACAUAUGUGAUGCUUUUGAAAAUAAAUGUGUCUUAUACUGUUAUUACAGUUAAUUAAAUUGCGAAAUAAAAUGAUCAUUUAAUUCUCAAAUUAAAUCCGAUUGAUCGACAAUAAUAUCACUAUCGAUAACGACCUGAAACAGUCGGUAAUGCAUUUCAAACGAAAGCGGAUAACAUGCACCCUCGAGAAUGUAUAUACCGAAUCACGACCCUGGAACAAAACGCAUCUUGUUACAACAUAAUUAAAGCUUACGGCAAGCAACGAGAAGAAAAUCAUAAAUACAGGACGUUUCCGUAAUUAUUAUAAACAGUUAAUGCUCUUAUUAGACCAGUUUCGAGCGCGUAACGAUUACGGUUAACCUCACUUUUUUUAAUGAUAUUCUUGACAGUGACAGAAAGGGUUAAAAAAGAAUAGCAAAGAGACAACGUAAAAAAAAAGUAAUAGUAAAUAAUAAUGAAAUAAAUAUAAAGAAAAUUAUUUUUAAUGAAAAAGAAAGAAAAUAAAAAAAAAAUGUAGUGUUUAAAAGCAAAAGAAAAUAUCAGGAGAAUGUUAUAUCAAGUGCGUAAUCGUGUGUGGCCAUGAAUGAGGAGAAGAAAUUAAAGCGCGCACGAGAUACAUCUCGGGGAUGUUAAGUGGUUUCCCUACGCCGAGAUAUCUACGCGGGAUGGAAAAGACAUGCCUCUUUGUGAAGCCGAACGUCCUCUUCAUGGAUAGUAGUUUGUGCUUCCGAAAACUGUGGGAGUAAGAGUAGUACAAAGUAAUAAAGAAAGAGAACGAGAAAGAGAGAGGAGGAACCAACCCACCCGGUCUUUCGGUCCUUUUCCUUCGAAGCAUUUAACUCGAUUCUCAUAGUAAAAGGCAGCAAUUGAAAUUGUGGGCUCGAGGAGUUAUCGUGCAUCGUUUAAGUUGUGUUGUCAAGAUCAAAACGUUACGUGACCAUUACCUAAAAAGGGUCAAACAGGUAGAGUCGACGAUUUUAAUCGCGAUUUUACAUUGAUCUGUCAUUUUAAAAAUGCAAGUCAAACGAAUCGGUUGGUGUUUGAUCUUGAGCAUUUUUUUUACAUACCACGUGGUUAGCGAGAAUACGGACUCCUCAGAAUCUAAUGAUGUUCUCAUUUUCACUGUUGCUACAAACGAGACUGAUGGUUUCAAGAGAUAUAUCCGGUCUACGGAGGUUUACGGAUUCCGUGACUACGUAAGGGUUCUUGGUUUAGGAAAAGAAUGGAGAGGGGGUAAUAUUAAAACCAGUCGAGGUGGUGGAUAUAAGAUAAAUCUUUUGAAAGAUGCGCUAAAAAAUUAUCAAAAUGAUAAGGACAGAAUUAUCAUCUUUACGGACAGG